CUCCGACGUCCGCACGAAGCGCUCCCUCGCGAUCGCUCCGGAAAUCUCUCGCAACUCGCAAAUCGCUCACCUGUUUCGAAAAUCGCCGAAACUGGCGACGAAAUGUAGCAAUUCCACAUUUCCGGUUCUACCGUCGACACGCUUCCGGGUGAAAUUCACGACAGGCCGACUCUGUUUUUUGAUAGUUUUUCGAAAAAGCGGACGAAUCGAAGAGAGCGCGAAAUAAUUAGAUGUUUCGCAAUAGCAACAAUGACGGAUUCUGAAUGUGGAUUGUGGAUGUGCGAUGAUUUUGGUGUACCAUGAUUUUUCAUUUUUGUAGAAAAAAUAGAGGAAUUCCGAAAAAUGGUUGUUUUAACAUUUUGCAGUUUGGAGUAUUGAUCUAACCGGAAAUAGAUGAAUUAAAGGAUGUGGUGGUUUGUGCUAUCCCUGGUGUGGUGGUGCGGCUCAUCAGCCAUCCCGUCUACAGGGCCGGACUUGUGGAAGUGUCCUGAAAUUGAUUCCCAACCUGUAGUAGAAUGUAGCUGCGACAUGCCCCAUACGUUGAGAUGUAUAGGUGAUAAGACAGCCAUGAAGAUCAUAGGUCAAACGUUAAGAGCCAAAGCAUCAGAUUCGGUAUCACUCCUAGACUGCACGAUCCAGAACGUAACAUCGAUCACCGAACCAAUUCUGGAGGGAAUAGCCCUCCACGGACUGGUUAUUUCUUCGGGAGAACUGCGAAAAAUCGACAAGCGAGCCUUCGAGAAACUAGCCUCGCCGCUGCAAGCCUUAGGACUGCCGAACAACCAACUGUCGAAUGUACCGACGAUUGCAUUACAAUCGCUUCCAGAACUGGACAGGCUGGAUCUUUCUGGGAAUAAGCUGGAACAUUUGGACAUGAGUUCCUUUGAGGGUUUACGAAAUCUAUCAUUCAUAGAUUUGAGCGAUAACCUCGUCACAAGAAUAACGCCAGACGCCUUCGAUGACUUACCUCAACUCAGAAUCCUUCGACUUAGAGCCAACCAAAUAACAAUAUCAACAAUCGCAAGACUGAAUCCUCUACCAACUAUAGAAGAUCUGGAUUUAUCCGAAAAUGCUUUAAUAGGCCCACUAGGGCCGGGCACUUUCUCCAAAAUGACAUAUUUGAAGGAUCUGCAACUAUCGCACAAUGCCUUGAGUAGCAUCAAAAUGGGUUCAUUGCAAGGAUUAACCAGUUUAACGUCUCUUAGAUUGCAACAUAACCAAAUAGACGUCAUUGAAGACCACGCGUUCAGCCAUUUAACAUCUUUGCAGACUCUGGAGUUGGCACACAACAGAAUUGUAGCGGUAUCCGGUGCAUCUUUAGCGCAUUUACAGAAAUUAAUGAUUUUAGAUUUGCGACACAACUUUUUGAGAGCUUUAACGGCAGAUCUUAUCCAACCAUUGAGGAGUUUAAAGACUUUGAAAUUGGACGAGAAUGAUAUAUCUAUUGUAGCUAGUGAUGCUUUUAAACCUACAACAGAACUACAACACUUUACACUAUCAGAAAAUCCUUUAAAUUGCGAUUGUAGCUUAAGUGAAUUUGCGCAAUGGUUAACGAAUUCUAGUCUUAGUAAGGAAGAUAAAUCUACAGCUGUGUGUACCACUCCUCCACAUUUGGAAAAUGGUUUGCUCAUUGAAAUGCCCACAUACAAUUUAAUUUGUGGUGAUGAAGAUGAUACUAUAGUUGCGCCUUUAUCUUCACCUUUUAAAGCAAGAAUUAAUCUAAAAGAUUUCGACUAUGACGGUGAUGAGAUAAAGUUAUCUUGGAGUAUUGAAGAUGAUUUCACCUCUUAUACAUGCGACGCUAUUUUUAUUUACGAAGAGGAAGGUCCCAACGAAGUUUUGGUGGAAUCUAAUCCAGUAAAAUGCAAUUCUUCUGAGUUAGUGGACCCAAAAACGUUGUACGUUACAAUUCCUGAUGUAGUACAGCUGCAGCAAGACCACAGUUACAGGUACUGCAUUGUGUUACUCGAAGCGAUACAAGCUGAUGAUGUUUCUUUGAUAUUAGGCUGUUCGGAUAUAUUGCCUUUGAUUAAAAACGUUAAAAUCCAACCAAGUACUAUUAACUACGUUGUGAAAACGCCUAAAAUUAUAUCGGUUCUAGCAAACUUAACGUCUUCUGGAGUAUUAUCCAUAGACGUGAAUGUGUAUCCGAUUGCUAAUUGUGAAUUAAACGUGGCGAUUUUAGAACAAAGUGCUUUAUUAUCGCAAAGAACAAUAAACUGCAGUAACCCCAAGUACAGUUUCUUGGGGUUGAACACUGGACCUUACAGGGUCUGCGCUAACGUUGUAUCUUCUAGUCCUUCUAUAGAUAUUAACAAAUCAAAAUGUGUGACGGUGUUUAGAGCCGCCGCCAGCGGGUUUACCAAUCUCGACGUAGCUUUCGUGUCAAUAUUUUUGGUUUUGUGCGUGAUGGUUAUCGGUUUGGUUUGGGGCGUAAAGAAAAUUUUAAUGAGACCUAAAAUGCAGACGCAUCAGUGCUUUUUGCCGCCUGAUUGCGACGAUCAUGUCCAACAUAAUCGGUAUGUUAAGCUGCAAGCUACUACUAAGCUUUAAAAUUGUUAUGUUUUGUUUAAAUGUGCCAUAAUAAAUUCUAUUUUUUUUUUGUUUUUUGUUAAAUUUAAUCUCGGGAAUUUCAGAUAAAGAGCGAUGUGCUAAUGUCGAUGAAAAAACGUUUUUUCUUAAGCAGAGUUUUAAAUUAUCCAAUGUAGUCACUUUUUGGCAGAUUCUAGGAGAAAUUAGACAUAUUCUUUGUAGUUUUUAACCAAUUUUACUUUAAUUAGUAUGCUACAGAAUAUACACUAAUAAAGAAGACUCUCUAAUUUAGGGAUUAGUUUUCCUAGUGUAUUAACUGACAGAAACUUCAACUGUCAUUCAAAUUUUGACCAUAGCGACAUCAAAGGUGCCUACAUAAGCCUUCGCUUCUGUAUCAGUGUAUAUUCUGUAGAAUUACUGAGUAAAUAACAAAUAAUUUUGUUUUUGAUCGAAAAAACAAGGUUUAGUUGCUUAAAGCAGAAGAAAAUGGUUAAGGUACACGGAAAAAAGAAUUAAAAAUAGUAGGAGUUUGUAUUUAUUAAUGUAAAUGCAGAGUUGACGUUUUGAGGGCCCGAUUUUAAUAAUACGAUGAUCAACUGAUGCCAACUGAAAAGAAAUUAAUAUUAAUUUGCAAUUUCAGUAGAAUAUUCUAUACAAAACAGUGUAUAUUAUUGAACUUCUUGACACCUAAGACAAUUGACAACUUCAAUAUUGUUAAAUUAAUGUGACAAAUUACUGAACAGUAAAAAGUUAACCUCGUUCUGAGCCAACGACUAUUACUCGUUGAUCUUGACCAACGUUGCAACGCAAUAUUAUUCAUGAGUGCAAAAUCCUAUUAUUUAUGUCAAAUUUAGAGGAAAAUGUACUAAACAAAAUUUCCAAGUUUAUUUUAUAUUGAAUGUGUAAAAAUAUAGAAUUUGUAUAUGUAAAUAGAUAUAGUAAAAACAUGUCAAUUGCAAAUUAUGCCUAAAUCAAAUCAUGAUUGAGGUCUAAGAAAAGCGGUGCUAAAUUGUUUUCUAUAUAUGUUACUUAUUGCAUAGAGCUAAUUUCCAUUUAAAAAAAUCAUUUCCUACAAACUUUUUCUAAAUUUGGUAAUCUAUAAGAUUUAAGUCUGGUAAACUUUGAGGUUGGUUUGUUUAUGAUAGAGAACAGUUCGUUUUUGGAAAUAUUUUAUAUUUACACGCACCUAUGUACCUAUAUUGUGUUAUUAUGUAAAUAAUUAUUAUUUUUGAAUUAACGUUUACUGAUAAUAGUAUUAAAAUCAUGUUUAUAUUAAUAUUUAAUUAAUUCCGACUGAUUUUUCGAAUGUAGAUAUUAUAUACUUACUUUCUUAUAUACAUGUUUACACUUACUAAUGCUUGUUUUAUUUUGUUAAAAUUGUUAUUGGUAUUCCGCACUACCCUGUGCCUGUGAAAAAUAAAAAGUACCUGCUUGAUUGAAACAG